UCCCUCUGUUGUGUCUGUUGAGCAUGCUUCUAGUCAUGUGUCUGGACAGAAUGCUCCUGCUGUGUACUGUGAUCUUUGGCUUCUGGAAGGACACCUAUGCUGUGUCCCCAGUGCCCUCUGUCCCAAACUAUGUCCCUGCCUUGGCAGGCUCCUGCGUGGUCAUCCCCUGCUCCUUCACUCCUCCAGCCUCUCACUCCAUGGGGAAGGUGGUGGGCGUGAGGCUGCGCUACAGGACUGGUCACAUCUUCCUCCUGCGGAGUACAGCUUUCAGUUCGGAUGACAAAUCCACGGUCAGCAAGGAGUUCCAGGGCCGGACAUCCCUCCAGGGAAACACGGACGAUGGAGACUGCUCUGUAAUGAUUGACAAGGUCCACCUGGCUGACUCCAAUGUCUAUCAGCUGGCGCUGAAGGGCCAUGGACAGAAAGACUGGGGGAAGGAGAGGAGUGUCAACAUCAUUGUGUCAGAGUCCCCAGAGCUCCCAGUGAUCAGCGGUGUGAGGGCAGCUACAGAAGGACAGAUGGUGUCACUAAACUGCAGCAUCAGUUACUCCUGUCCCUCCCAGGCCCCCACCCUCCAGUGGCGGUGGGAGAGAGGAGCUCAGGAGAACAGCAGCGAGUACGGGGAGCCGCAUGUACUCCAGACCCAGGGUCAGGGGCCUACACUACGGACCUCUCUCACCUUUAUCACAUCGUAUCGCAUCAAACCCAGAAUGAGGUGUGAGGCAGUAUAUCCAGGAGGAAGAAGAGUAUACACCGUAAAGGAGCUCCAUGUGACAUGUAAGUACUUUCUAUAUAAAUGUAUGAUUGUUUGCAAUGCUAAGCUAGGGCCCAUAUUCAUAGUGUUUCAGACUGCUGAUCUAGGAUCAGAUUUUACUUAA